AUGAGCGUCCAGACGGUCGAGUUCACACCCUUUCAGGACCAGAAGCCCGGAACCUCCGGGCUUCGCAAGAAGGUUGUCGUCUUCCAGAAGCCGCACUACAGCGAGUCCUUCAUCACCAGCAUCCUGCUGUCCAUCCCUGAGGGAGUUGAGGGUUCUUUCCUCGUCAUUGGUGGCGAUGGCCGAUACUGGAACCCCGAGGUUAUCCAACUGAUUGCCAAGAUUGGUGCCGCCUACGGCGUCAAGAAGCUCGUCAUCGGCCAGAACGGCAUUCUCUCCACUCCUGCUGCCAGUCAUGUCAUUCGCCUUCGCAAGGCUACCGGAGGUAUCCUCCUGACUGCCAGCCACAACCCUGGUGGCCCCGAGAACGAUUUCGGUAUCAAGUACAACCUCUCCAAUGGCGGUCCUGCCCCCGAGUCCGUCACCAACAAGAUCUACGAGGCCUCCAAGACCUUGACAUCCUACAAGAUCGCUUCGAUCCCCGACAUCGAUAUCUCUACCGUCGGCACCCAGACUUAUGGCGACCUCGAGGUCGAGAUCCUCGAUAGCACGGCCGACUAUGUUGCUAUGCUCAAGGACAUCUUCGACUUUGACCUGAUCAAGAAGUUCUUCUCCACCCACCCCGACUUCAAGAUCCUCUUCGAUGGCCUCCACGGUGUCACUGGUCCCUACGGAAAGGCUAUCUUUGAGCAGGAGCUCGGCCUGUCUGACUCGACCCAGAACUGCGUGCCCAGCCCCGACUUUGGUGGUGGCCACCCCGACCCUAACCUCACCUAUGCUCACUCCCUCGUCGAAGUUGUCGACAAGAAGAACAUCCCCUUCGGUGCUGCUUCCGAUGGUGAUGGCGACCGAAACAUGAUCUACGGCGCCAACGCGUUUGUUUCUCCUGGCGACUCUCUGGCCAUCAUCGCCCACUAUGCUCACCUCAUCCCCUACUUCAAGAAGAACGGCGUCAAUGGCCUUGCUCGUUCCAUGCCCACCAGCGGUGCUGUCGAUCUCGUUGCCAAGGCCCAGGGCCUCAACAGCUACGAGGUGCCUACCGGCUGGAAGUUCUUCUGCGCUCUCUUUGACGCCAAGAAGCUUUCUAUCUGUGGUGAGGAGAGUUUCGGAACUGGAAGUGACCACAUCCGUGAGAAGGAUGGUCUGUGGGCUGUCAUUGCAUGGCUGAACAUCAUUGCCGGUGUCGGUGUCGAGAACCCCGAUGUCACUCCCUCGAUCAAGGAGAUACAGAAGGAGUUCUGGACCAAGUAUGGACGUACCUUCUUCACCCGUUACGACUAUGAGAAUGUCGACUCGGAUGGCGCCAACAAGGUUGUUGGUGAGCUGGACAAGCUCGUUGCUGACCCCAACUUUGUCGGCAGCACCAUUGAGGGCCGCACUGUCACCAAGGCUGGCAACUUCUCCUACACGGACCUCGAUGGCUCCGUGGCCUCCAACCAAGGCCUGUAUGCCGGUUUCUCCUCUGGUAGCCGAAUCGUUGUCCGACUUUCGGGCACUGGUUCCUCGGGAGCCACAAUCCGUCUGUACAUCGAGCAGCACACUAGCGACCCCUCGAAAUACGAACUGGAUGCUCAGGACUUCCUGAAGGAGGAGGUCAAGUUCGCCACGGAGCUGCUCAAGUUCAAGGAGCAUGUUGGCCGUGACGAGCCCGAUGUCAAGACCUAA